GGGCGGGGAGGCACGCGCGGCGUUAGUGGCCCCUCAGCCGCCCCGCUCCGUGAGGCGGUGGUCCCGCGGGUCCCGGGAGUUCCAGCUGGGCUUUUCCAGAUUAGGGUCAAACUGUCCCCUUCGUCCCGGUGGCGGCGCCAGGAGCUCCUCGCCGCUCCGGAUGCCGGUGAUCUGAAGACUGAUCCUACUUGGUCCACAGGUAGCUAAAGCAUUGGCCAAAGGAACUAUUCAACAUCAAAUAAAAUGUCUUCCACCAAACCUUCAAAUGAAAAUGAAACACUCAAAGAGAGAAAACCAGGACUGAGGAAUGUUCAGACAACUAUGCUUUUCCGGGCUGUGAACCCCGAGCUUUUCAUUAAACCUAACAAACCUGUGAUGGCAUUUGGACUGAUAGCUAUUAGCCUCUGUGUGGCCUAUCUUGGUUAUUUGCAUGCAACUGCAGAGAAUAAAAAGGACCUCUACGAAGCAAUCGACAGUGAGGGGUCCAGAUAUAUGAGGAGGAAAACUUCCAAGUGGGACUGAGAAUGUAAGAAAGAAAAAUCAGUAAAUCACUCACAGAAUUUUUCAAGGCAACUACUGUUUUUUUUCCCUUUCCCUUGAACUAAUGGACAAAUGUCUGUCUUGCAUUUUAAUCCAAUUCACGUUCCUUUAUAAAAUGCUCUGCCUGUACAAAUAAACUGCGGUAAAGAUACAUGUGAAAAUAAAAGAAAAAUAAAAGAAUUGCUCUUUGUGAUCUCCGGAGAGAUCACUGUCAGAAGAUAUGAAGUCACUUCAGACCUGCAGUCAGUACUGGUAAAUGCCUUAGAAACUGACACGAUAGUUCAGCUUUCUCUUUGCUCUCAUUAAAUGAAGACAGAGGUUUAUCCUUUUUUUUUUUUUUUUUUUUUUAAACAGAAUGAAUAAUGUGUUGUCUGUGAAAAGAAAAGUAGGUAUCUUGAUCUGUGGGAUAACAGUGGUGCAAGUAAACUAAUUUUAAGGCAAGGAAGAUCUCAUAAAGCAGUUGGUGAAGGGUUUUAUUUCAUAAAGGAAACUGUAAAAUACUAGCCAAAAUAAUCCUUGGAUGCUGAAUAUAUUCUUCCUUACAAAUAAAAGGUAAAUCAGUAGCCAAAUAGAGGAGAAAAAGUGAAACAAGUGCUUCUGUUAAGAGAAAGGUAGGAAGAAUUCAGCCAUUAUAUUUCCUGUUUGGCAUCAUAUAACAGGUCAGUAAGUGUGCUAGCAUCGGCCUGCCAGUUGAU